AUGAAGUCGUGGGAGAGAUCAUAUCGGUCUGCUCUAUUACAGGGUCGGCUGCCUUUAGAAGAACGGAUGAAACAAGCCGUUUGUCCUUUGAACAAGAAAUUAUUCUCAUUAAUGCUGAAGAAAAACUCAAAUCUUUGUUUGGCGCUAGACUAUACUGAAUCUGAGAAAAUUUUGCAGCUUGCUGAAAAAGCCGGUCCGUUCGUCGUAGCCAUAAAAGUCCACGCAGACGCAAUCACAGACUUUUCACAAGAUUUCACUACAAAGCUUGUCAGAUUGGCAAAUGAUCACGAGUUUGUCAUUUUUGAAGACAGAAAGUUCGGAGACACCGGGAAUACUAACAUAAUGCAGCUGAAAGGAGCGCAACGCAUAGCAGAAUGGGCUGAUGUGGUGACGGUCCAUGCUGUACAA